UAAAAAAAAAUAAAUCUUUGGAUCCCUUUAAGUAAAAGAGAGCUUCGGUCCUUUCAGACCAGGAGAGAGUGUUAGUUUCCGCUCCCGAUCCAGGGAGAGAGCCGGUGAUGACGGCUGUGGUGGUGGCCGGGAGGAAUAACAGUCGGCUUUGACGCUGGUUUUGGCGGUCGCACCGGUAUUAGACAUGACGUGGCCGUCUUAGGAUUCCCGCUAAUAAAAGAGAAACAAGUUGGCACCCUUUUUUUUAAUUAUUAUUUAUCAUUCUGAUCGGAUCUUUGUUGUUGGUUCGUGGUGUUGAUUGAACUGUGUGGGUCCCUAAGAGUGUGGGGAAUGCAUCUGGGCUGGUUUAUCUCUGAGUUGAUUUGAACCGUUUUGGCUUAAAGCUGGUUUCAUCCUCCUUGUUUCUUCUCAGAAUCUCGAGCUUUAAGCUUUUAUGGUUCAGUGAUUCAGUUGAAUAUUGAGAAAUUGGAUUUGAUAUGCUUAUGAAAGAUGUCGUUCAAGCGUAUCAUGCGAGAGUUAAAGGAAAUGAAAGAGGGGAUUGGGAACGUAUCGAAGAGAGGAGGUGAAAGCAAGAGUUGGCGUAGUCGGCCUCGAUCCCAUGUUGCUCCUGAUCAAUCACAGACCGAACCCGAAUCUGUAGACCAAAGCCCUUGGUCGAACCUACUGCCUGAACUGCUCCUGGAUAUCAUCCAGAGGGUUGAAGAGAGCGAGACAACUUGGCCUGCUCGAGCAGCAGUUGUGUCUUGUGCAGCUGUUUGUAGGUCUUGGAGGGAGAUUACAAAGGAAAUCGUCAAGAACCCUGAGCAAUGUGGAAGGCUCACAUUCCCCAUUUCGCUGAAGCAGCCCGGGCCUCGUGAGUCACCGAUUCAAUGCUAUAUUAGAAGGGACAAAGCAACUUCUACAUAUCUUUUGUUCCAUGGUCUGAUGCCUUCCGAGGGAGAGAGGGAUAAAUUGUUGUUAGCAGCAAGGAAGUUCAGAAGGGCUACAUGCACGUACUUCGUUGUAUCUUUGGUUGCUGAUGAGUUUUCUAGGGACAGCCAUACGAAUGUUGGUAAACUAAGGUCUAAUUUUUUCGGUACCAAGUUCACAAUAUAUGACAGUCAAUCUCCCUGUGAUUGGAUAAUCCCGUCAACUACUCAAUCGAGUCGAAGAUCCUAUUCAAAGCAGGCACCUCCAAAACUAUCUUCAUCCAACUGCAGCAUAUGUACCAUUACCUAUGAGCUCAAUGUUCUGCGAACACGGGGGCCACGGAGAAUGGAUUGUAUUUUGCACUCAAUUCCUGUAUCUGCUAUUCAGGAAGGAGGCACUGCACCGACACCGUUAGCAUUUGGCAAAUCCUUUGAAGAACAACUUUCUUCUUUGACCAGUUCAAAAGGAAAGGAACCAGUGACAGGCACCAGCCCCCCAUCCCUCCCAGCCACACAAGUAGUCACCCUGGGAUCAGGAGAGCCACUAACCCUAAAGAACAAGGCUCCAAGAUGGCAUGAACAGUUACAGUGCUGGUGCCUUAACUUCAAGGGGCGCGUGACGGUGGCCUCUGUUAAGAAUUUCCAGCUAGUCACAGCUGUGGAGCCAUCACAUAAUGUAUCACUGGAAGAGCAAGAGAAGGUAAUCUUACAGUUUGGAAAAAUUGGUAAAGACAUCUUCACCAUGGAUUAUCGUUACCCUCUAUCCGCAUUUCAAGCAUUCACAAUCUGCCUGAGCAGUUUUGACACCAAACCUGCUUGCGAAUGAUCACCACAGAUCGUAGGUCUAUGUCAUUGACGUUACCAUGGCAGGGCAGCUUUGUUCCGAAUCGGCCUGUGAAUGAUGUAGUAUGUUGGUAAGAGGAUUCACAUCUCUCCCUUGGGAUGCUUCUUGCAGUUUGUUACCAACAUUUAUGUUCUAAUGGAAGCAUUUCUUGAAAGGCCUAUAUCUAGUCUUAUAAUUAUCCUUUUAAGCA